AUCAUAAACCCACUGAGCAUCCAUCACAUCAUGCAUGGAAACCAUGUUAUCCUUCUCACCCAUGAUCCCGGAACGAACCCUCCUAAGCUCCUGCAUGUGUCCCCCAACACCAAGAAGCAGCCCCAAAUGAACACACAUGGUCCUAACAUAGGUCCCAGCCUCACAUGAAAUCCAGAAAACAACAAGAUGCCUAUCAGGGUCAUACUCAAGAAGCUUACUUUCGUAGAUAGUCCGAAUCCGAAGCUGGCGCUUGACGGCGGAGAUGAGCGGCGGGCGCUGGAAAACGGCGCCGGUGAGGGUCUCAAGGGCGCGAGCGACCUUGGAAACAUCGGGAACAGAGGAAUGCAAGCGAGCGACGCAGACGUACUCUUUUCCGGCACCCUGUUGGGACUUGACCAAGCGCGUGGCACGGUCAAUGCAGACGAUGAGGUUGCCGGUGACUUUGGGGUCGAGGGUACCGCUGUGACCGGUUUUCUCGACACGAAGGAGGCGUUUGAUCCAAGCGACAACCUCGUGGGAAGAGGGGUUAGCGGGUUUGUCGAGGUUGAGAACACCGUACUUGAGGUAUUCGGUGAGAGGGCGUUUGAGCGGAGAGUAACCGGAGGGGAUGGGGGUGUAGUGUCCGGUUCGAACGUUGAGGCGGUCGUAGUUCUUGAGAAGGAUUGGCCACUGGGAAGUGUCGAUUGGGGGUGUGAAGCUUUGCGGUUUGAUCAUCAAAUCCUCCUUGUCGUUGGUUUCGUCAUCUUGUUUGGUGCUGCGGUGCUUCUUCUUCUUGGUGUCGGAGGGAGACAUGGUCUUAUGUUGUGUGUUAGUGAGUGAGUGAGUUAGGGUUUUAGAAAUGGAGGCGAUGAAUGAAAACAAAGGAGUAAGGGUUUUGUUUUAAAUUACUAGAAAAAUACUCCAAUUGCUUCUACCACUCGCGCCGUUUGGAUUCGAUUCUCCAAAUAAACCCUAGUCCAACCCUAAACCCAUUCUUACCCAAUAAAGGCCCAAAAUUGUUUUUAAAAUAUUAUAUUUUUAAAAUUAGGAUUAAUUUAAUCAUUUAUUCAAAAUAAUAUUACUUUCAGCAGGAAGAACAUAAAUAGUUAUUUAAAAAUAAAAUGUAAAUAUUAUCAGCCCAAAAUAAAGUCACGGCGUGUCCGUUUUAGAUGCAUUCAUCCGAUUGGUGUGAGUUUGAGAGUGAGUGUGGUUUGAAAUCGAAAGCAUUUUUAAUUUAUAAGGGAUUCUGAUUCUCGUAAUUCUGAUUCUCGUCUCUGUCUCUUGAGCAUUGAGAUAGUUAUUCUUCUCACCUGCGUAUCGUAGCUAUCUGUUCUGUGCUGUAGGUUUUGCAGAAUCAAUUACGCCGUGAUUCUGAUUCAGAAUUGGAAUGUUGCGAAGAUGGACCAAAGUCCUUACUCCAAUCUCCAGGUUUGGAUCGCAGAGUCAUUUCAAUUUCGUGAAUGGCACGCGCCAAAGCUACGCCACUGUUGCACCCUCCCCAACGGUGGAGGACAAAGCCGAAUCCCUGGUUAACCUUGACAAAAUGUUUUGGUCUAAGCCUUGUUCGCUGGCACUGCCCCGUGAUUCACCCCUCAGAGUUGAAGAACCUGAUUAUCAGGGGAUCAAGCGUUUUGUGCUCAAACUCAUGCUGUUUUAUAGUAAGCAGAGCACGUCAAUUCGAGGGGCUAAUGUUGUAUACCGCAGAAUCGUUUCACAAAUUGAUAAACCUCCUAUUUAUGAAGUGUUUAACUUGGAGAAAACAUUCAAAACAACUUUCUCUUUACUUGUACUUCAUAUGUGGUUGUGUUUGCGUCGCUUGAAGCAAGAGGGAAAGGAGGGUGUUGAAUUUGGUCAGUACCUUUAUGAGAUUUACAAUCAUGAUGUAGAGCUAAGAGUGUCCAAAGCUGGUGUUAACCUGCUACUGUCCAAGUGGAUGAAAGAGCUUGAGAAGAUUUUUUAUGGGAACAUCGUUGCUUAUGAUACUGCCUUGCUUCCAGAAGCAAAACCGGGUGAUUUCCCUAAUGUUAUUUGGAGGAAUAUAUUCUCUGAAGAUGGUUCUUCAACACCAGACAAUGCUGCAUUUCAAUCAGUGCAGGCAAUGGCCAGGUAUGCUCGCAGGGAAGUAAGUUGCAUGACCUUAACAGAUAAAGAAGCACUAUUUUCAGGGAAUUUCAUGUUUACUUCUGUGAAGCGUGAGAGCAGAAGCGAAAAGGGAAGUCAAUGAUGAAGCGAUGGCAUUGAAAUUUGUGAUUUGAGUAAAUUAAAAACACGCGGUUCUUAUUUUAUUUAUUUAUUUGUUUUUACAAAAGAAAUUGUGGAAUAAUUAUGAAAGCCCGUGUCGCUUCCCUUCUCCGUUCAGGCUUUUGUACUAGAUUAGCUUCGUGUCUAGAAACUAGAAUUUGCAUAUUUUUGCCCUGUAAAACGAGAAAAAAAAAAAAAAAAAAGCGGGGGCAGAAAUGAUUGAAAAGCGUUGCUCUU